AGCGAUCAGUCGUCGACCGAAUCGCGUCGGCGCCGCUCGGAUAGCACCCGCCGGUCUCCAUACCCAGUCCGCCGCGGCGUGCAGACACCUCGCGCGAUACGUCUUUAGUUUAUUUGUGAUAGCUAUGCAUUUGAUGAGACUUUAAACAAUUCUUAGUAAGCAGUGAUACGGACAAUAGGUUUCUAUUGAAAUUAUUAAAAUGAAUGUUACGACGAAAGUGUUAUGACCAUGGAGACUUUAGCGUUUACAGUAGCUAGUUAGUAUAUGUGUCGUCCUACUGUAGAAUGGGCAUUCUUAUGGAAUCCUCCGAAGUGAAUCUAUGCACUGCCAGAUACGCGAGCGGUACGGAAGUGUUCGGCGCAAUGGCCACUCCGAGUGACUACUACAGCGACACCAUCCACACCAUUGCCAUCAACACCAGGGAGACAGAAUUCGGCAAGAUCGUCGAGCCGAUCCCGAUAACCCUGAAAGCAUACCAGCAGCUCCAAGCACACGGACAUGCUUUACAUGGUUAUGGGUUUCAGCAGCAAAUGUUAACGGCGCUAACUGUUCCCCGAAUUCUUGAUGAUCAGAAACCUUCCACAUCAUCGCAAACUACCCCCUCCAAGAAGGAAACGAAGGAUCAUCAGACCGUGCGACCGCCACCGAAAAAGAAAUGGAUAAAGGAGUAUUUAGAGGAGGAGCCGAAGUCUCCGGUGUCGGUGCGCGUGGUGACAGGGUUGUCGGUGACGGCUCGCAGCAACGGCGUGGUGCGGCCGACGUCGCCGGUGCCGGUGACCCCCGCGCCCGCCGCGCUCGUGUUCGAGCCGGCCCCCGCCCCCGCGCCCGCGCCGCCCGCGCCCCUCCUCGACUUCGUACAAGAACAUUCCAGGCCGCGUACAUCGAGCACCAGUCAUGGGACCCCCCAGAUCCCCUCUCCCCCCUCAGUGGGCAGCAACGGCAGCAGCAGCGGCAGUGGCAGCGGCAGCGCGCCUCGCGCCGGCACGAGAGAAGUCCACAACAAGCUCGAGAAGAACAGACGAGCACACCUUAAGGAGUGCUUCGAGCUGCUUAAACGGCAGUUGCCUGCUACCCCUGAUGAUAAGAAGACGUCUAAUUUGUCGAUAUUGGCGUCAGCGAUUAGAUAUAUCCAGGUCCUCCGCCGCAAAGAGCGCGAAUGCGAGCACGAGAUGGAGAGGCUGGCGCGCGAGAAGAUCGCCGCGCAGCAGCGCCUCGCGGCGUUGAAGCGGGAGGUGUCCGUGCGCGCCACGGUGCGACCGAAGAGCACGGAAAAUGAAGAAAUGGAAAGGGAUGAUAGAGUCAAUGGACAAGUAGUGGGAAUCCCUAUAAGUAUUACUUCAUCCCCCCCAACCGUGGCGCGGAUCAAGGCCUCGCCCCCCCGCACCCUGAACCUGAGCACGAAGCUCCGCACGCUUCCCAUACAGAUCACGCCCACCACCUCGCAGGUCGUCCGGACGUCGUACGGCGCGCGGCACAACACGCUCACACUCACUACGUUAGCGCCCGCGGAGACGGCACAGAACGGCCAGUUAGAAAACGGGGUCAGCAAUACCUUAAGCACCACCCUGGUGCAUCCCGCGCAAAUACACCUCCCUAUCUCGCAAGUGGUGGGCAGCGGCGGGCUGGUGGUGGGGGGCGCGGCGCUGCAGCUGCUGUCGGCGGGCGGCGGCCUGCGCGUGCUGCAGCCGCACCCGCAUCCGCAUCCGCACCCACACCACACCAACGGAGUGACUACAGGGGAUAGUAAUCAUAGAAUACAGAGAGAAAAUGGCAUUGUGUCACCUCCACCUGCGUCCUCAGAAGGCGUGGUGGUGAGCGGGCUGACGCCGCUCGUGGUGUCGCAGGCCGGCCAUCUGCUGCAGACACACACACUCACGCACAAGAUGGUAGAAACCCAAGUGGUAAGCGGCAACGGCGGGCCACUAACGGUCAGCGCGUCGUACCUGAGCGCCGCCGCCAUAGUCAAGCCCCUCGUGGUCCUACCCCCCUCCACAACCUCCCCACCCAACACGUGAGGGGACCCCGCCGAGACUUGGGGCCUGCAACUCAAGACCCCCUACAGUUUGAGCGUCGGCGUAUAGUGGAAAAUACAUUAGGAAUCCUCUAGACGGAGCUUAGAGCAAUUAUUUCAUGAAACCGAUGCUGCCAAUAAUACUGGGGUGCGGGGGACGAGGUGAGCGAGUCCCGUGCCGUGAUUGGUCCGUUCAAAGACACGGGCGUUCAAAGACACUUUGACUCGAAAAUGGAGUAAAACUACCGUAUGUUUGUGGCAGAGGGUAGCGCUACUAUGCUCAGUUUGGAGGAUGUCUUGUCUGUGGGAAUAUGGCACCCAGUUGCGUCGAGCCAUAGAGUAGACUGGACGCCGACGCUAGUGUGGGGGGUUAGUUCGCGACGUUUGUCAAACACUGCCAUUGUACGAGCAAUAAUAGCCCAAGUCUCUGGAGCGCAGCUACCUCAAUAUCGCGCUUUCGUUGCUUCCACAACCAUUCCUUGGUAAGGUGAGGUUACGUUAUAUUCUGACUGUUGAUGUGCAUAUGAAAAAAAGGACGACUUUCAUGGGAACUUCAUGUUAUUUGACAACUGUUAACUGUCAAAUAAAUAAUUUGUUCCAUAUUAGCCAGUCAUGAAUGAAGCGAAUGAAAAACCGGGUAUCUUAGACCUUUUCUUGGCAAUUUAGAAAUCGUCAGCUCGACUGCGCCUAAUAUAGCAGAAAAGCUACGAAAAAAAUGUAAAAAAUGUGUGAAAAAUUAUGUGUAGUCUAGCAAACCAAUUUUGUCAGUAGAAAGAAAGUGAACGAUUUUUAAAAUGUUGCGAUCUCCUAUACUUAAUAUAAAUUUCGCACUUUUUCUACUGACAAAUUAGUUUAUCAGACUUGUAAGAUACGUUGCCAAGAGAAGGGAUACCUAAGGUGUGUAAACAGAAAGGGAUGGAAAAAUUCGCACGCCUCUGGUAAGCUUCGGUAGCUCAGUUGCCUGGGGUGGUGAGUUUUAUAAUUUUUCCUUUAAUAGGAUUUUUUAAGAGAAAAGAUGACGUCAGAACAGUCGAAUAGAACUGGCCUCACCUAUAUAGUGCGGCAUAAAAUAGUAGAAAUUAAAUAAAAUGGAACUAAAAAAAUUCCAUACUAAAUUGUCGCCAUGUUGCAUUUUACGUCAAAAAUGUGACAGUUACGUAGGAAGUGGCGCCCUCAUUAAUUUUCUACAAUUUCUUGUCGGACUAUAGCGAGUGGCGUCCGCCGUACAAAGUGCGGGCGGACUAGCGCGUGUCUUAUGUUAAGACGGCGUGUGAAUGUAAAAAUGUAUUUAUGCAAUACUAACCGUAGUGACUCAAAGACGGUGAUAGCAAAGUGACAAAUUGUGAUUCUUGGACUUUAACACGAUUUCGACCGGCCAAACCGUGGUGAAAUUCACGUAUUUUUCUACACACAAACAAAUAUUCCACUGUAAUUGCGUAUUUAAAUGUAGCAGUUACGAUGUAUGAUAUAAUUUAAUUUUUAUUUAUAGACAGUUAUCAUAGGGAGCAAUUAAAAUUGAAUUUUGUUUAUUUAUUCGGCAGUUGCCCACGUUAUCCUGUCCACGCAAAAAAUGUAUUUAUUUAGUUUAAACCGGCAUCCGUUUUAUAACGGUGGGGACUGUAUACAAGUAAAUAUUUCCAGUUUCUGUGAACGUAGGUUUAGGCUAAAGUGUACUUGUUAUGUAUAGACUAACAAGAUGAAGUUUAUUUUUUCUAUAUAUAUCUGUGAUGUGCAGUUAGCUACUUAUAGAACUGGAACUCUGUACAAAGACGUCUAUAGGUGUUGUCAAUUUCUAACAUUGUGUGUUAAAAUUAAAGUCAAUAAAUAAUGUAUAAUUGUUUCGGUUAGCUAUACAAAUUAUGUGGCUUAUGAGUGUCGCGUAUCAAUAUAUAAAUGAACAUCUUGUGAUAUGAGCCGGCAAUGAGCACCGGGAGACCAGAGGCUGUCUACAGAUAAACAUGCAUAUUACAUACGCCACUGCAUCUCGACAUCGUAGUAUUUGGGUCAAACAGAAAACUGUGUUACGUCUUUCCUGUAGAGAUACACAAGAGUUAAGGGCUAUAAAGGUUAAAUUUCUUAUUUAACCCUUAUCCACGUGAAAAGGUCCUCCUUUUAUUUGGAGAACUAUGAUAAAAUCAUUACUUACAUGCCCACAAGCUGUUAACUAUUGCCCACAGGAGAGAAAGACGUAACACAGUUUUCUGUUUGACCCAUUUAUAUUAAUUUCCAGCAUCAAAAGUAGCGAAUGAGCCAGGCUUCAAAAGUAUCUACCCUUCUCCAAUAGUUUUACCAAAAGAGAUAUGUAUGUACAGUCACGCUUCAUGGUCGUUACGCCAUUUAGGAUUCUAUCUAAAUUGGACAUUCCAUAGCGGAAGUAUUGAACAACCAAUUUAGCUAGGACCCUAAAUGGCGUAACAAUCGCGGUGUGUGAUGGUACAUGAGAUAUGUAUCUCUAUAUGUGAAAGCAUUAGAGGGCGGCAGAUGCUUUCGGCACUUUCUAUUCGCUACUUUUGACUACACCGUAACGCAAAACUGGCACGGUUGCCUACACAUACCGGGUGUGGCCUCUAAUAUGAGCAAAAAAUUAAACUGUAGGCUAUACUCCUCAUACUGACCAACAUUUGUUCAGCUACUUUUAAAAAUAACUUGUGGUUUGAUUUUUAAUACACUUUAAAGUUUAUUCUAAGACGCAAUGUAUUGCGAAUUUUGUAUGUUUAAGGCGUGACAAGCAACGUCAAUCACAAUGAUAUGGUGUGGCGAUGGCGUCCAUUGAAGAUAUAUUUAUUUUGUAUGAAAAAUAGGGAGUCUAACUCUAAAUACUUCAUAAUUUUUAAAAGUUGUUGAACAAAAGUGUCACCGUUUGAGGAGUACAAUCUAUGUUUUAAUUAUUUGCUCGUGUUACAGGCCACACCCGGUAUAGCGUUGAUCUUAAUAUUGCCUCGUUCAACAUCUGUCACGGGUUGCAGUGCCGUGUGUAAACCUCUUUAUAAACGGCCGAUAUUUAACGAAAUUGUAUUAAAGUGACGUAAAAAAAUGUGCAAUCUGUGCCCUGUUUAUAAAAAGCUUGUAACUUGUAAUACAAUUGGAAGUCCCCUUCUAACAAAAGCUGUCAAAAAGGGAGUUCC